GAAAUCUUUCCCUCGAGAAUACUAAAAUGUUGAUGGGUGAAGUGAUGAGAGAAGCUGCCUUUUCACUUGCUGAGGCCAAGUUCACAGCAGGGGACUUCAGCACCACAGUAAUCCAAAAUGUAAAUAAAGCCCAAGUGAAGAUUAGAGCAAAGAAAGAUAAUGUAGCAGGUGUUACUUUGCCAGUAUUUGAACAUUACCAUGAAGGAACUGACAGUUAUGAACUGACUGGUUUAGCCAGAGGAGGUGAACAGUUGGCUAAACUGAAGAGGAAUUAUGCCAAAGCAGUGGAACUACUGGUGGAACUAGCUUCGCUGCAGACUUCCUUUGUUACUUUGGAUGAAGCUAUUAAGAUAACCAACAGGCGUGUAAAUGCCAUUGAACAUGUCAUCAUUCCCCGGAUUGAACGUACCCUUGCUUAUAUCAUCACAGAGCUGGAUGAGAGAGAGAGAGAAGAGUUCUAUAGGUUAAAGAAAAUACAGGAGAAGAAAAAGAUUCUCAAGGAAAAGUCUGAGAAGGACUUGGAACAACGGAAGGCAGCUGGAGAGGUGAUGGAACCUGCUAAUCUUCUGGCUGAAGAGAAGGAUGAGGAUCUUCUCUUUGAAUAAUCUUUCCUGCUCUGAUUCCUUCAGAAGGCCUAACAUGGCAUCAUUUUAAUUCACGGUGUGUAGGUUUGGUAUGUGUGGCUAUUUAAUUUUUGGCCUAAGAAUUUCACCAGUUGUAAAA